GUGUCAUGUCAUGUCCUCAUGGAUAGGUGAAUAAUAACAAGCAAUCAAAUCAGGUUGUCUUGCAGGAUUUGAUGAACCAAAAAAAUGAUCAAGGAUGAUACACCAAAACACCAUUAUCUCUCUGCUAGCAAGAUGCAAAACCAUGAGCGAGUUGAAAAAGUUGCAUGCUCUAAUAGUGACAAUCCCAACCAUUAGAAGCAUAGUUCCCCUGAGCAAGCUUAUUGAUUUCUGUGUUGAUUCAGAAUUUGGGGACAUCGAUUACGCACACUUAGUCUUUCGCCAUAUUGAUUCACCUAGCGUUUACAUUUGGAACUCCAUCAUAAAAGGUUAUGCAAAUGGUGACAAUCCAAAAAUGUCUUUGCUUCUGUAUAGGCAAAUGAUACAGAGUGGAUAUUCCCCUGAUCAUUUCACUUUCCCAUUUGUGCUCAAAGCAAGUUCUGUAGUUUCUGAUCAAGAUUGUGGGAAAUGCAUUCAUAGCUGCAUGGUGAAAACUGGGUUUGAAGCAAAUGCUUAUGCUGCUACUGGGUUGCUCAAUAUGUAUGUAUCAUGGGGAGAUAUGAAGUCUGGGUUGAAGGUGUUUGAUAAAAUUCCCAAGUGGAAUGUGGUUGCUUGGACUUGUUUGAUUGCUGGGUAUGUGAAUGAUAAUCAGCCACUUGCAGCUUUGAAGGUGUUUAAAGACAUGGACUAUUGGGAUGUGGAGCCUAAUGAAAUUACCAUGGUGAAUGCUUUGGUUGCGUGUGCUCGAAGUAGAGACAUUGAUACCGGGCGGUGGAUUCACCAACGGAUUCGCAAAGCUGGUUAUGAUCCCUUUGUGUCCAUGUCUGAUAGUAACAUCAUUCUUGCGAGUGCAAUUGUUGAAAUGUAUGCUAAAUGUGGUUGCUUGAAGACUGCAAGAGAGUUGUUCGACAAAAUGCCUCAGAGAAACAUUGUUGCAUGGAACAGCAUGAUCAAUGCUUACAAUCAGUAUGAGAGGCAUCAAGAGGCGCUGGAUCUCUUUUUUGAUAUGUGGGGUGCUGGGUUUUGUCCUGAUAAGGCUACAUUUCUGAGUGUCUUGAGUGCUUGUGCCCAUAGGUGUGCUCUAGCAUUGGGAAAAACGGUUCAUGCUUAUAUAUUGAAAAGCGGCAUUGGAACAGAUAUUGCUCUUGCAACGGCUCUUCUGGACAUGUAUGCCAAGACUGGUGAACUAGGAAAUGCGAGGAAGAUCUUUAAUAGUUUGGAAAAGAAAGAUGUGGUGGUGUGGACUAGCAUGAUUAAUGCUUUAGCCAUACAUGGUCAAGGAAAUGAAGCGUUGAGUAUGUUCCAAGUAAUGCAAAAGGAUUGUUCUCUAGUCCCUGAUCAUAUUACUUAUACUGGAGUUCUGUUUGCAUGUAGUCAUGCUGGAUUGGUUGAAGAGGCUCAGAGACAAUUUAACCAAAUGAGAAAGAUGUAUGGUAUUGUGCCAGAACGAGAGCAUUAUGGUUGCAUGGUUGAUCUUUUGAGCCGCGCGGGUCAUUUCAGAGAGGCAGAAAGAUUAAUGGAGACAAUGAAGGUACAACCAGGUAUUGCCAUAUGGGGUGCUCUUUUGAAUGGCUGUCAGAUUCAUGAAAAUGUCUCUGUGGCUAGUCAAGUGAAAGCACAAUUAACAGAGCUAGAACCUGGUCAAAGUGGAAUCCAUGUUCUUCUGUCUAAUAUAUAUGCUAUGGCUGGGAGAUGGGAAGAGGUACGGACCAUUCUGGAUUUGCACUACCUUAAUAUUUGUAGCAGCAUCCAUUGGCACAUUCGUGACAUAUCUAGCUCACAAACUGAAGGACAAGGAAUGGAACUAUGACAUAAACCUAGUGACUUGGUCUGCUGGUCUGUUUUAUGGCUAUGUUACCGUUGUUCCUCUUUGUCUGUAUGUAAUCCUCAAAUACUUCUCUGCACCAGCAAGCCUUGUCCAACUAUUCUGUCUAUAUGGAUAUUCCUUGUUUGUGUUUAUU